UUGGCCAAUAGAUCUAGCAAUUACCGAUCAAGGGUGGAGUUGCUUUUAGACCACUUCCUGUGUAGCAAAGCUCCUAGUAGAGUACUGAAGUCACAUUUCUCAUCGAUUCUCAGCAACCAAGCACUCGGUCACUGACAGAGUAGCACUCUUAUUUUUCAGUUUUUGGGCUAAACGUUCGUAAUGCGUAAGGAGGCACAACCAAAUUAAGAAGUGCAGUAGUACGAAACUGAGUGCUUCCAUCUUGCGAUAAACAGGCUUUAAAAGUUACCCCUCUUAACCCACCUUAAACAGGCCUGUUAAGAAGUCAGCACAGCUCACUCUCCAAGAACUUUCUGCCAAGCAUGUAUUCACCAGCAUCUCUUCACCUAGAACAUGCUCCAGUGGCAUCCUGCUCGUCCAAAACAAAGCCAGGGGAACGAGAAGAUUCUGUGCUCCAAUUGGUACAAGAGCACCACCAUGCCUCCCUCAGAAUCCACAAACUCACUGAGAAGGCGAACUACUGAAUGCCACCAUUUCCCAAUUUGUCAAACGUACUGAUCAAUGGCUCUCGGUCGCUCGCUCUAUCAACAGUGCCAUAAAGGAAAUCAGAGACUGUGAGAACUGGACGAAGAUCAUGGAAUUUGAUUCACAAAGUAUCACCGCAGCCAUCCACAACAUUCACCAAGCAUGAUCUCACAGGUCACAGAAAGUUGUCCAGGUUUGCUUUACCGACAUUGUGGAUGAACACUGCACUUUUGGUGGACUAUUUUUUCGGCUGUUGUCUUGAUGAAUCUCACAUGUUCGUGAUUCCAGGCACGGUAAAUACAUGUAUGUGAACCUUUUGUCAUGUGAUUUUACUUGUUUAUCUAAUUACGAAGCUACUGGAUUAGCAUACCGGAAAAAUUGUACACUGAACUAGAUGUAUUCGAAUUGAGGGAAAAUUUAUAGAGGAAAAGGGGUUUGAAGAGCCUACGGGCGGAAAUGAUGCUUUAAGGAUUGUUUUAAUUAAUUUCAUUGAAAAUUUACUCUGUAUUAUUUCAGAAAUUAGUUUUAGAGUCCUUCUGGUGAACUGUUUAAUCAGACUCCUUAAUUAGCUUUUGAUGGGGAUUAGGGACCCUUAACCCUGCCGGAUUCCUUGUUCAAUACCAAAAUUGCAGGACCUAAAACUCGACUAGGACUAGAAUAACAAGCAAAUUACCCGAAUAUAUAAGUUGCUGAUAAGUUAGUUCUCUCUCUUUGUCUUCGAAAGAAUGAAAAGCCAGCUGAGGGAAAACCCUAACAACCUUCCGCCCGAGGUCAUACACGGGAUUCUUUCAUGGUUGCCAGUUAAGUCCUUACGCCGCUUUGAGUGCGUCUCAAAGUCAUGGUGUUCUCUGAUCUCUGACCCCAAAUUCGUCACAACGCACUUCAUCAAAGCGAUCAAAGACAAAGACCGUCUACACUGCCAAACACGAAGUGUCAUGUUUACUGAUGCGGCACAUAAUGGCCUCUACUCCAUGCAUCUCGACAAGUUUCUCGAUCAUAAGUAUCACGAUGAUCCUGAUUAUACCGAUGAUCCUGAUGAUACCGGUGAUCAAAGUGUAGUAGCAGCCAUCGAGCACGAGUAUGUUUAUAGCGAAUUGUCGGGUGUUUGGGUUUCCCUGUUGUGUUCCUGCAACGACCUGUUGUUAUGCAUGCUGUGCGACUCGAGGUUAUAUUUGGUUAACCCCUCCACCAAGGAAACCAAGAAACUGCCAAAAAUACCAAAAGAAGAGAAGUAUCGUAGUUCAAUCAAUCUAUAUGGGAUUGGAUUUGAUCACUCCACUUAUGAACACAAGGUGGUUAAAGGACUCUACGCGAAACACAAUCGCUUAAUCAACCUCUUGCUCAAUGAUUUUGAUGAAGACGUUGUGUUUAGUGUUUAUAUGCUGGAAACCGAUUCUUGGAGGAAGAUCAAGGGAUUAUUUCCCUACAGAUUUUAUGCAAGUGAACAAGGGAUUAUGCUGAAUGGAGAUCUCCACUGGUUCGGGGAAAGACUCGAAGACCAGUCACGGUUGAUUGUUUCCGUCGCUCUAACGGGGGAGGAGAGGGUUCGAGAAAUUCCGCUCCCGCUUGAAUGUGGUUAUGUCGGAAGUACUAAUCGGAGGAUGAAACUGGGAGUCUUUAGACAAUGGUUAUGCAUAACGUAUUAUUCUUGUCCUCGUGGUGGGACAUAUAAUGAGUUUUGGGUCAUGACGGAAUAUGGAGUGAGGGAGUCUUGGACUAAAAUGAGGGUCUCCAUCCCAUAUUCAAAGUUAAAACAUUCCGGUUUCUGGACAAAGUCCUAUGAUUUGAUGGUGUUUGGAGAACAGUUAAUCAUGUACAAUUUUAAUGACGAAAGCCAUUGGAAGAUCAACAUUCGUGGAAUCGGCAAAGUUGGUCGUGUUUUUACGUGCUUGGAGAGCCUUAUUUCGCUUAAACAACAUCAGAGAAGUAAUUUGAAGAUUGAAGCAUGA